GCGCGGCGGUGGACGCAUCGCCUCACACGCAUCCAACUCAAACAUGAUACGCAACGUCGCUUUAGUCUGGGCCGCAGUGAUCGCCAGCCAUCUGUGCGCGGCGUUGCCUUUCGCGGACCCUGAACCCAACCCUAUCCACCGAACCCACGUCAGAAUUCAUAUUCCCCAUGAAGUCCACACGGUGCACCAUCACCACGUCGAGAAGGUACCAAUCCUACACGAGGUACCCGUCAUAAAGGAGGUACCAGUUGUCCACACGGUACCGAUUGUGAAACACGUACCAGUAGUGAACACGGUACAUGUUCCAAUUAUUAACACUCAAAUUGUGGAAAAACCCGUCUUAGUACCUUACAAGGAACAUCUUAGCUUAUGGCAUUAAUUUUGGUAUUUUUUUCUUAAGCUGUAUUAUACUCACAAGGUAAUUUGGUAUUAAAUAAAUAGAUUA